AUGGCUCCUACAGAAGGAGAAGAUGAGGUUCAGUUUCUGCGUACAUCAGAUGAGCUGGUAUUGCGCUGCUGUUUAUCGGCCCCCCUCCAGCAGAAGCUGUGUUUGGCUGCAGAUGGUUUCGGAGGUCGACUGUGUUUUCUCGAGUCCACUUCAAACUCCAAGAAUGUUCCGGCAGACCUGUCACUAUGUGUGUUUGUGCUGGACAUGUGUGUGUCAGUUCGAGCUCUGCAGGAAAUGCUCGCCAACAAUGAGGACAAGCACACAGGGUCAGCUGAGACCGCUGGCCAUCGCACGCUCCUCUACGGCCAGGCGCUGCUGCUCAGACACGCCCACAGCAACAUGUAUCUGAGUUGUCUGGCAUCAUCAGGGCUUUCGGCUGAUAAGCUGGCCUUUGAUGUUGGCCUUCAGGAGGAUGUAGCAGGUGAGGCGUGUUGGUGGACAGUCCACCCUGCUUCCAAGCAGAGGUCAGAAGGUGAGAAAGUUAGAGUUGGUGAUGACCUCAUCUUUGUCAGCGUUUCCUUCGAAAGAUACCUGCACGUCUCUUGGGUUGCUGGUAUAUCUGAGGACCGUAUAAAUACGGCCGUGGAUGCAGCUUUCCAGCAGACUCUAUGGUCCGUGGCACCCAUUUCCUCUCAUUCAACUCAAACUCAAGGUCACCUCAGGGGAGGAGAUUGUCUGCGCCUCUUACACGGCCACACGGACGAGUGUUUGACCGUUUCACCUGCUGGACACGCAGAGGACGAGCGCAGAUCUGUUUAUUUUGAAGCCGGAUGUGUCUCAUCUCAAGCUCGCUCUCUGUGGAGGAUUGAGAUGUUGCGUGUGUCAUGGAGUGGGAGCCACAUUCGUUGGGCAGAGCCAUUUCGUCUGUACCAUGUAACCACGGGAAAAUACCUGGGUCUGACCUUUGACCGUGGCCUGCUGCUACUGGACAGAGAGGACGCUGAUGUCAAAUCCACCUCUUUCUGUCUCCGCCAAACAAAGGACGCCGGUCAAGAAUUCCCACUCUGUGUUGGGAAGAAAGACGGGAUGGGGACGCCGGAGAUCAAAUACGGUGACUCUGUCUGUUUAGUCCAGCAUUUGGACUCUGGUUUAUGGCUCACCUAUCAGACCAGUGACUCGAAGAGGAGGAAGGAGACGCAGCUGCACAAACAGGCCAUUCUCCACUCAGAGGGACACAUGGACGAUGGACUCACACUCUCUCGCUCACAGAUGGAGGAGUGUAAAGCUGCCAGUCUGAUUCGAAGCUCAGCUCUUUUGUUUUCACGCUUUAUACGGAGAUUAGAUGAGCUCAAUCACAGAGCCAACGUGCCAACCGUGGAACUUCCAAUAGAAACGCUGCGUUUGACUUUGAGCGAUCUGAUUGGUUAUUUCCGGCUACCCGACAAGCACAGGACACACGAGACCAGACAGAGUGGCAGCACAUUGCUGAAGAACAGACAGAACCUGUUUCAGGAAGAGGGUGUAAUUACUUUGGUCCUAGACUGUAUUGAUCACCUGCACCUGUAUAGCAGUGCGGCUCAUUUUGCUGAGGCUGCUGGGAAAGAUGCAGGAGAGGCAUGGGAAGCCAUUUUAAGCUCCUUCUAUGAACUUUUGGCGGCAUUGAUCCGGGGGAAUCAGAAUAACUGCUCCCAGUUUUCUAGCUCCCUGGACUGGCUGAUCAGCAGAUUGGAGAGACUCGAGGCCUCCACUGGAAUUCUCGAGGUUCUGCACUGUGUAUUAACAGAAAGUCCAGAAGCACUGAGUUUUAUUAAAGAGGGGCACAUUCGCUCCAUCAUCACACUCUUAGACAAACAUGGACGCAAUCAUAAGAUCCUGGAAGUGCUGUGUUCACUGUGUGUGUGUCACGGUACAGCAGUGCGUUCUAAUCAGCACCUGAUCUGUGACACCCUGCUGCCUGAGAGAGAUUUACUGCUGCAGAGUCGCCUGGUCAACAGCGUCACCAGUGUUCGUCCAAACAUCUUCCUCUCCAUGCGAGAUGACUCCGCCCAGUACAGGAAAUGGUAUUACGAGGUGGUGGUGGAGAGGGCGGAACCCUUUGUGACACCUGAGCCAACACACCUCAGGGUGGGCUGGGCCUGUAGUGCAGGUUACCGCCCUCCUUUGACAGGGGGUUGCGGCUGGGGGUCGAAUGGAGUUGGAGACGACCUUAGCUCAUACGGAUUUGAUGGCCUGCACCUGUGGACAGGUGGCGUAGGUCGCAGGGUCAGCUCAGCUAAUCAGCGCCUGCUGAGGGAGGAUGAUGUCAUCAGCUGUUGCUUGGACCUCAGUGCUCAGUGUAUUUCUUUCCGAGUGAACGGGCAGCCUGUGCAGGGCAUGCUGGAGAACUUCAGCACCAACUCACUCAUCUUUCCUGUGGUCAGUUUCUCUGCUGGAGUCAGUGUGCGUUUUCUGCUCGGAGGCCAGCAGGGGGAGUUUAAAUUCCUGCCUCCUGCUGGAUUCUCAGGGUGUGCUGAGGCUUUACUCCCCAGGGGGCGCUGCAGACUGGAGCUGUGUCAUGAGGUCGCACGGGAUCACGGAACCAGUAGGUGUGAACUUUUAGGCCCUGCUGUAUCCAGUGAGCCGGUGGUCUUUACUCCUACACCAGUGGACACUAACCAGGUGAUGCUGCCCCCCCAGCUCGAGCUGAUCAGAGAGAGACUGGCUGAGAAUCUGCAUGAGCUCUGGCUGCUGGAGAAAACCGAGCGCGGCUGGACACAUGGGCCUGUGAGAGAUGACAGUAAACAGGUUCACCCAGGACUGGUGGAGUUUUCCAAACUUCCAGAUCAGGAGAAACACAAGAGCCUCCAGGCCGCUGAUCACACACUGAGGUCUCUGUUGGCUCUCGGAGCUCACUUUGGACUUUCUCAGGACCACACGGAGCAGAAUGUGAAGUACGUCAGGCUCUCAAACAAGUAUGAACUGUGGAACGGUUAUAGGCCGGCUCCAUUGGAUCAGUCUGGAGUUUGUCUAAGCAUAGCUCAAGAAGCUUUGGUGGAAGCUCUUGCUGAGAAUGAGCACAACAUCUGGGCCAGAGAGCACAUCAGGCAGGGCUGGAGCUACGGGCCACAGCAGGACAUUAAGGGUAAGAGGAGCCCUCAGCUGGUGCCGUUCUCUCUGUUGGAUGAGAGUAGCAGACAUCGUGCAACAGAGUCAGCGAGGAAUGUGUUAGGAACCCUGCUUGGUUUCGGAUACACUGUUGAACCAUCAGAGCAACAGCAGAACCUGAGCCCUAAUGUGAAGCCUGCGAGCGAGGAGAGGCCUCGAAUAUUCCGUGUGGAGCACACUUUUGCAGUGCAUAAUGGGAAGUGGUAUUUUGAGUUUGAGGUGGUGACUGCUGGAGAGAUGAGAGUGGGCUGGGCUCGAGUGGGAUGUCAGCCAGAUGUGGAGUUGUGGUCAGACGAGCAGGCUUUUGUGUUUGAUGGCUCAAAGGGGCAGUGGUGGAAUGGUAGUGCCGUCCCACUUGGUCAGAUUUGGCAGAAAGGGGAUGUGAUUGGCUGUUUGUUGGAUUUAACUCGGAAAACCAUGAUGGUCACAUUGAAUGGAGAGCUACAGCUGAACACAAAUGGCUCUGAAAUUGCUUCCAAAGGGUUCAGUGCAACCAGUGGUUUUGUUCCUGUAUGUGCUUUGGGUGAAAAUCAGGUGGGACGGAUCAAUUUAGGCCAACAGGUCAACUCAUUGAAAUACUUUAAUGUAUGUGGCCUUCAAGAAGGCUACAAGCCUUUUGCCCUAAAUAUGAGCAAAGACCCUCCUCUUUGGAUGAGCUGGAGAGAGCCCUUAUUCGUCCAGAUACCAGAGGACCAUCCUCACUUACAGGUUAGUUUUACUGAUGGGACAGUUGGCCACCUACCUGCUUUGAAGAUCACCCAGCGGUCAGUUGGAUUACCUGACAGUCUCAGCACUGAUGUUGCGUUCUAUCGUUUGAGCUUGCCCAUAGAGUUUGCACAAGUAUUCACCAAAACUGUAGAUGGAACCGUACCUUCAGUCAGCAGUCUAACAUGUCACAUUAAGGAACCAGAAGAAGGGGAGGUGGACUCUGACUUUGAAAUGCUAAUGAAGUCAGCGCACAGACACACAGGAAGUAGAGAUGAACUAAACAACCAUAAGGAUCAUGCCCAAGAAAAGCCUUCCAGACUUAAGCAAAGGUUUCUUUUGAAGAAGAAGCCAGAAUUGCACACAAGUGGCUCUUCAGCCCGGCUGCUGGAGGAGGUGCUGGCGAGCGAGAGGAACAGCAGUAACCAACUUGCCAACUGCACUAAGUACUACUAUUCUGUAAAGAUUCCACGUGGACAGGAUCCAUCCUGUGUCUGGGUUGGAUGGGUGACCUCAAACUUCUAUUCUUUUACCCCAACCUUUGACCCAGAGAGAGUGUGUAGUGUGAUUGUCACGCUUGGGGACCAAUGGGGCAAAGUUCUCGAAAGUGUCAAAUGCAGUUGCUGUUACAUGGUGUGUGCUGCAGAGGGCAGUGGCCUCUCACACAGUCGCAGUAGCCUAGGAUUGGAGAUUGGCUGUCUGGUUGACACUGCGACCGGAUUUCUUACCUUUAUUGCUAAUGGAAAGGAGAUGGGACUCUUCUAUCAGGUUGAACCAGGCACUAAACUAUUCCCAGCAGUUUUUGCCAAACCCACCAGUUCUGAUGUCUUCCAGUUUGAACUUGGACGAAUUAAGGGUGCGUUGCCAUUGUCUGCUGGUUUGUUUCGGAGCGAGAGGAAAAACAUGGUGCCUCAGUGUCCUCCCAGACUUAAUGUGCAGUCCCUGAUACCUAUGAGAUGGACACGACUCCCUGAACAUGCCCCUCAGGUAGAGCUGACAUGGCUCGAUGAGGGGCAUGGCUGGAGGGCAGAGUGCACCAAGAGUCUACAGGUCAUGACCCUUCACAUCCCUGAGGAGGACAGAUGCAUAGACAUUCUUGAACUCUCUGAACUGGACACCCUGCUCAAGUUCCAUGUCCACACUCUUCGUCUCUAUUCUGCCCUCUGUGCCCACGGAAACGUCCCCGUGAGCCAUGCCUUGUGUAGCCACAUCGACCAGUCACAGCUUCUUUUUGCAUUGCGCUGUUCUAGAAUGCCAGGGAAACUGCGAGCAGGUUUCUAUAACCUAUUAACCACUGCAUACCUUAGUGUCUAUAGCAGUGCCAGGCAGGCUACCACCCAUGAAUAUAUUGUGCCCAUGACUGAACCCAUGCAAACUGUUACACUUUUUGAAAGCAAGAAGAAGCAACACAGCCUCCCAGGCUGUAACAUCAGCACCUCUGUGCGACCAAGAAUGCACUUCAGCUCAACUUGUUUCGUUAGAGCUAGCAAGUACGGUUUUGACAAUAGCACCAAUAUGGCUGUGGACGGUUCCUGCCAAUAUAGUCCAGAAUUCCCACUGGAUGUGCUGAAAGCUGUACUGAUAGUCAUGUUGGAGGAUGCAGUGCAUUCAGUAGAGAAGAACAUACGGGACCCUGUGGGAGGCAGCGUAGAACUCCUGCUUGUUCCUCUUCUCCAACUUCUCCAUACACUCCUCCUCAUGGAGGUAUACCAUCCCUCAGAUCUGCGGCAUGUGCUUUGCCUCAUCCUUCCCUCUGCUUACAUGAGAGAAAAUGAUUCAGGAGAUGGUGAGAAUGAUUAUGAUACAGAAGGAGAGGAGAAAGAAGGAAGAACCCUUGCUGAACAAAAGUCUUUGUUACAGAUGAAGCUACCGGAGGCGGUUAAACUACAGUUGUGUCACCUGCUACAGUAUCUAUGUGACUGUCAGCUACGUCACAGGGUCGAAGCUAUCGUGACCUUCUCUGCUGACCUUGUGGGUCGUCUCCAGGGUGACCAGCGCUCUCGUUAUAUGGAUGUCAUGGAGGCACUCAACAUGUCUGCUGCUCUUACUGCCCGCAAGACCAAAGAGUUUCGCUCUCCACCUCAAGAACAGAUGAACAUGUUGUUAAAUUUCCGGGACAAGGAACAGGAUUGCCCCUGCCCUGAAAAAAUUAAAGAGUUGCUCUGGGAUUUCCAUCUGGACCUCAGGAAUCAUUGUGGAGUUGAAACUGAUGAAAUCUCAGGUGCUGAAAAUGAUGAGAAUCAGCUUAUCCGUAAUCGACUGAGAGACCUGGUGGACAAAAUGUCUCGUCUAAAAAGGAGGAUGUCUGGUUUGGUUGAAGAGGAUGUUGUGGCUAAACCUGUUUCUCUUCAGUGGCUGAUCUCGGACACUGUGAUGCGUUGGGCUCAUGAAGGUCCGCUGGAAGACCCGGUUCUGGUACAGGCUGCGUUUGGACUCCUGCACUGCCAGUACACUGGCCUGACUGGUAAAAUGGCCACUCCUUUGCAAACAGCUUACUGCAUCACUCAGAACUCUGUAGAAGACAUGCUUGGCCUUCAGGAGGCGCUGGGACGGAUCCGCUCAUUACUUAUGGUCAGAAUGGGCAUAGAAGAAGAGGAACUCAUGAUCCGAGGACUUGGGGAUAUCAUGAAAAAUAAAGUCUUCUACCAGCACCCGAACCUGAUGCGAGCACUGGGUAUGCACGAGACUGUCAUGGAGGUCAUGGUUAAUGUUCUUGGCACUCGAGAGUCCAAGGAGAUUCGGUUUCCGAGGAUGGUGGCCCACUGCUGCCGUUUCCUGUGUUAUUUCUGCCGAAUCAGCCGGCACAACCAGAAAGCCAUGUUUGAUCACCUGAGCUACUUGUUGGACCACAGCAGUGUUGGACUUGCAUCUCCCUCUAUGCGUGGCUCGACUCCUCUGGACGUAGCUGCAGCUUCUGUAAUGGACAAUUACGAACUGGCAUUAGCACUCACAGAGACAGACCUGGAGAAGGUGGUACAGUAUUUGGCAGGCUGUGGUUUGCAGAGUUGUCCCCUGUUGCUUUCUAAAGGAUAUCCAGAUGUUGGAUGGAAUCCUGUUGAGGGCGAGCGAUACUUGGACCUGCUGCGCUUUGCUGUCUUCUGUAAUGGUGAAAGCGUGGAGGAGAAUGCAUACGUCGUUGUCCGUCUUCUGAUUCGCCGCCCUGAAUGCUUUGGCCCCGCCCUCAGAGUCGAGGGAGGAAGCGGUCUCUUGGCAACCAUUGUGGAAGCCAUCAAGAUGUCAGAAGAGGAGAGUGGGGAGUGUUUUUCUAAAGCCCACCAGUCCACUAGCACACUUAACAUUCUUGAAAAUGUUGAAGAUGAUGAUGAUGUCAUUCACAUGGGACAUGCCAUCAUGACUUUUUACUCCGCUCUUAUAGACCUACUUGGCCGUUGUGCUCCUGAGAUGCAUCUGAUAGAAGCCGGUAAAGGUGAGGCUGUUCGCAUAAGGGCCAUCUUAAGAUCUCUGAUACCUGUGAAGGACCUGGAAGGAGUCAUUAGCAUCCCUUUCCCGCUUCCAUUUCUGGACAAAGAUGGUUGCACGAUGGAGCCGGACAUGUCCAGGUGCAUAUGUCCUGAUCACAAGGCGUCCAUGGUGCUGUUUCUGGACCGUGUCUAUGGUGUCCAGGACCAAACCUUUCUUCUCCAUCUUAUUGAGAAUGGCUUCCUGCCAGAUCUUCAAGCUGCCGUUAACAUGGAAAAUAGCGGCCUGGGCAGUACAGACAUGGCGCUGGCUCUGAACCGUUACUUAUGCGGGACUGUGCUGCCAUUGUUAAGUAAGUGUUCAACACUGCUACGUGACCUUCCUCUUGUCAGGACAGGUGUGGUGGAUGGCUUCCUACAAGAACUCUACCAUCUCUCUAAAGCCAGCAGCCUCACCAAAGCCCAGCAGGAUGCCAUCCAGACCUGCCUGAUCUCUGUGUGUGGAAAACUAAAACCGUCCCUGUUGCAGCCCCUGCUACGAAAUCUCACAGUUGAUGUCCCACAGCUGUCUGAGAACACCAAGAUGCCACUUAAGCUUUUGACUGAUCAUUAUGAGCAGAACUGGAAGUACUAUUGCGUGACGGGUGGACGUGCUGGUAUUGGCUCCGCCUCAGAGGAGGAGCUUCAGCUCAGCAGGAAGCUGUUCUGGCACGUUUAUAGAGCUUUGGCCAAAAAGCCAUAUGAUGCCGAGAUGUUUAAUCUGUCCACUGGAUGUCUGGUUGCCGUGUCUGGUGCUGUUCCUCCUGAUCACGUCGACCUCACCUGCACAUCUGGCCUGGACACACAUUCUUCACUAGACUCAGAGGGACAUUUUUGUCCUCAACCACUGGACACGUCUAAUGUGACAGUGCCUGAGGGACUGGAGUAUGUGGUGAAUAAAUACGCUGAACACACACAUGAGAAGUGGUCAUUAGAAAAGUUUGCUAACGGUUGGGUUCACGGAGAGCAGAUGUGUGAAAGUUCUAAAGUUCACCCACUCCUGAAGCCCUACAGAGCCUUAUCUGAACGAGAUAAAGAGAACUACAGAGCAGCUAUUAAAGAGACAGUGAAAAGCAUGCUGGUGUUGGGAUGGACAAUUGAAAGGUCAAAAGAGGGGAAUGCACGGGAACUCCAUCAUCUUUCCCGGAGGAUCUCACAGUCUGGCCAGCUUUCAUUUGAAGGAACCUCCAUGUUCAGCCCCAAACCUGCAGACACCAGCAGCAUCACACUGACCUGGGAUCAGUAUGCUAUGGCGGAACAGCUGGCAGAAAACCAUCACAACAUCUGGGCCAAGAGGAAACUCGAGGAACUGCAGGCUAAAGGAGGGGGCAGUCACACACUGCUGGUGCCGUAUGCUUCUCUGAAUGGCAGAGAGAAGAACCGAAUCCGAGAGAGGGCACAGGACGUCUUGAAGUUCUUCCAUAUUAACGGAUACACCGUGUGGAGGGAGGGGAAACCUACCGAGUCAUAUAGUCCCUCUGUCUCAGGCCGCUUUACAUACCGUCUCCUCCAGGAGGCGCUGUCCAGUACUGAAGAUGCGCAGGACCAGCUACUAGAACUGGAGGUUGCUCAGGCGAGAGGGCAGAUGGAAAAGGUGGAGAAGGCGUGUCAAGAGAAGCAGAUGCAUUUCUUCAUGAAGGUUUUAUUGCCUCUCAUCAAUGAGUAUUUUAAAAGUCAUCAUUUCUACUUCAUGCCCAGUGUGACGUCUUCUCUUACCCGCACCACUCAUGCGUCCAACAAAGAAAGACAGAUGGUCUCUAGUUUGUUCUGUAAGCUGGCAGCUCUGGUCAGGUGCAGGAUUUCUCUGUUCGGUCAAGAUGGUCAGUGUGUGGUGAGCUGUUUGCAGAUCCUGGCACGCUCUCUGGACACCAAGGUAGUGAUGGAGACCGAGUGUGUGCGUGCACCUCUGCAAUUGUUCUUCGAGGCUGCAGCGUUGGAUUUGGAGCUGGCGGUGGACAGCGUGACCCCAGGGGUCGCACAUAUUCGAAGAGAUGUAGAAGUGCUCACCUACACCACCACUGCACUCCUGCCAGUCCUGACCUCUCUGUUUCAACAUGCAGCUCACUGCCAGGGCUCAGUCGACCUCAUGGUGGAUGAAGUGCAGACUUCCUGUUACAGGAUCCUCUGCAGUCUGUACGCUCUCGGAACUUGCAGAAAUGCUUUUAUGGAAAGGCAGAGGCCUUUCCUAGGCGAGUGCCUCGCUGCCUUAUCAGCCGCCUUCCCUGUGUGUUUCCUCGAGAUAUCCCUGGGCUACAUGAAUAAUGCACAGAGAGAAGACAUGUCCACAGCAGCUGAGGAUUCUUCAAGGCCCCUUCCAGUCUUACAGGAAGUGUUGUUGGAAGUCAAAGAUGUCCUGGAGGCCGGAUCAGCAGCUCGCCAUUGCAUUCUGUCUCAGGUCAUGGAGGUUACAAUUCCUCUACUGUGUAGCUAUGUGUGUCGAUGGGGUGAAGAAAACACUCAGUAUGCAUAUGAGGAGUCUUGCUCCUCUCUAACACCUUCACACGCCAACAUGCUCCUGGGACAAAUCCUUGGCAUCAUCUACAGCCACCUGGGGAGACACGAGUGCACAUGGAUGAAACGGAUUGCGGCUUUUGUGCAGCCGAUGGUCUGUAAGGCGGAGCCUGGUCUCUUGACGAGGCACUUUCUGCCUCUGAUGGAAAAGCUGAAGAAGAGGGCGGAGUCAGUGCUACAGGAGGAGGAGCAUAUGAAAAUGGAGAGGCGUGGUGAUGUGGCAGAGAUGGAGCUGGCUGUGCAAGAGAAGUUUGCGGUGUUGGUGCAGGACAUCUACGCUUGUUAUCCCCUUCUCAUCCCGUUUGUUGAGCAACACAGAAUACUCUGGCUGAGGGAGAUGAACGCAGAUGCUGAAAGACUUUUCAGUCUGGUCGCUGAUGUUUUCACUUUCUGGGCCAAAUCUCAUAACUUUAAGUGGGAGGAGCAGAACUUUGUAGUGCAGAACGACAUCAACAGCACAACCUACCUGGUAAACAGCAGGAACAACCAAAUGGCAAAGGGAGUGUAUGAAGAGGGGAGGAGGAAAGUAAAGCGGGGCAGGGAGGAGCGUUACUCCACACACACUUCUCUCAUCGUGGCCUCUCUCAAGAAGCUCCUCUCCAUCGGGCUGAAUCGAUGCUGUCAGGGAGAUCGAGACCUCGUUACUCUCGCCAAGAACCGCUUCUCCGAGAAAGAUACAGAGGAAGAAGUCCGAGCAUUCAUUUGCAUCAACCUUCAACAGGAAGUUUCUCAUACUUUACUGGAUACUCAUCGUGUUGAAAGUGUUUUGGCUGUGGCCCGUGUUCUUUUCUAUCUUGAUCAGGUGGAGUCUCCUCAGGGCAGUAAGAGAGCCGUGUGGCAGAAGCUUCUCUCUAAGCAGAGGAAACGAGCCGUAGUGGCCUGCUUCCGGAUGACCCCAUUAUACAACCUGCCACGGCACAGGGCGAUGAACUUGUUUCUGCAGAGCUACAGGAGGAUGUGGGUCGAGGCAGAGGAUGACUUGUACGAGGAGAAGCUGAUCGAACAUUUAGCUAAAGCAGGAGAUGGAGGGAGCGCAGUAGAGCGGAGUGAGGAAACAGUGAAAGGCAAACAGAUCGACCCUCUUCAUCAGCUCAUUACUCUCUUCCAUCAAAGUGCCCUGACUGAGAGGAGCAGGCUGGAGGAAGACAGUCUGUACCUGGCCUACACCGGCAUCAUGGCCAAGAGCUGCCAGGCCGAGGACGGUCAUGAAGAGGUGAAAUCUUUCGAGGAGAAAGAGCUGGAGAAACAGAGGCUCUUGUACCAGCAGGCCAGACUACAUGAUCGUGGUGCUGCAGAGAUGGCUCUCCAGAGGCUCAGUGCCAGCAGAGGUGUUAUGGGGCCCUCGGUGGAGGCUACUCUUAAACUCGGUAUCGCCAUCCUGAACGGGGGAAACACAGACGUCCAGCAGAAAAUGUUGGACUAUCUGAGAGAGAAAAGAGACGUGGGAUUCUUUCACAGCCUGGCGAGCCUCAUACAGUCCUGCAGUGUUUUAGACUUGAAUGCUUUCGAGAGACAGAUGAAAGCCGAAGGUUUAGGAACCGCAGCUGAAGGCAAUGCAGGUGAAAAGGUUAUGGCAGAUGAGCCGCUGACUUGUGAUCUCUUCCGCUUCCUGCAGUUGCUAUGUGAAGGACAUAAUGCAGAUUUUCAGAACUAUUUGAGAACUCAGACAGGAAACAACACCACCGUAAAUAUUGUCAUCUCCACAGUAGACUACCUGCUCCGACUGCAGGAGUCCAUAAGUGACUUUUACUGGUAUUACUCUGGGAAAGAUGUGAUUGAUGAACACGGCCAGCGUAACUUUUCUAAAGCCAUCCGCGUGGCCAAACAGGUCUUCAACACUCUCACAGAGUACAUCCAGGGUCCAUGCACUGGCAACCAGCAGAGUUUGGCCCACAGUCGGCUGUGGGAUGCCGUGGUCGGCUUUCUUCACGUUUUCGCCCACAUGCAGAUGAAGAUUUCUCAGGAUUCGAGUCAGAUCGAGCUGCUGAAGGAACUGAUGGAUCUGCUUAAAGACAUGGUGGUGAUGCUGUUGUCUAUGCUAGAAGGAAAUGUUGUGAAUGGCACAAUCGGCAAACAGAUGGUGGACAUGCUGGUGGAGUCAUCCAGCAACGUUGAAAUGAUCCUCACGUUCUUCGACAUGUUCUUGAAACUCAAAGACCUCAUAUCCUCUGAUGGCUUCAAAGAAUAUGACCCUGAUGGACAAGGGCUUAUCUCCAAGAAGGACUUUCAGAAGGCCAUGGAGGGCUACAAACGUUACACGGCAGCUGAGAUGGAGUUUCUUUUGUCUUGCGCAGAGAUGAACGAAAGCAAGCUCCUGGACUAUCGUGCAUUUGUGGCCCGUUUCCAUGAACCGGCCAAGGACAUUGGCUUUAACGUGGCUGUCCUUUUGACCAAUCUUUCAGAGCACAUGCCUCAUGAUCCUCGAUUACGGAACUUUCUGGAGUUAGCUGACAGCGUGCUCAGGUAUUUCCAGCCCCACCUGGGCAGGAUUGAGAUCAUGGGCAGCGGGAAACGGGUCGAGAGGGUUUACUUUGAAAUCAGCGAGUCGAGCCGGAUGCAAUGGGAGAAACCACAGGUCAAGGAGAGCAAGCGUCAAUUCAUCUUCGACAUUGUUAAUAAGGGAGGAGAGAAGGAAAAGAUGGAGCUCUUCAUGAGCUUCUGCGAAGACACCAUCUUCGAGAUGCAGCUGGCCGCCCAGAUCUCUACCUCCGACCGGGAUGAUGAAGUGCUGGGAACAGAGGAUGAUAAAGUGGAUGAGAAGAAAGAGAAGGAUAUAAACCCAGCUAUACAUAACGAUGACGCUAAAGGAGAGAAGAAAGGCUUGGUGAUGAAACAGCUUUUCAUGGCCCCUCUCUGUGGCUUGAUGAUGCUAAUAUGUCUUCUCUCCAUAAAGAACAUGAAGAGGCAGAUUAAAAGGACGACCAUGAAGGGUCUCAUUUUGGCCAUAUCCCUUUUCUUCCAAACGGUUUUAUCAGCCAUUUUUCAUACUAUCCUGGGCACCGUCUGCUUUUUCCUACAUGUUCUUUACCUUGUCUUUCUCAGUGGUUGCAUUAUUGAGUUUGCCAAAGAGACCAAACUCUCCGAUUUCUUCAGCGAUCUGCCAGACCCGACACUGGAUGAAGUCACAGGGGUAAAUGAAGGGGUCAUCCACAAAGUCAAAGAUCUCUCACAGACCAUGUCACCAAAAGGUGACCUUCAAGCAGUCAGUCUGAACUUAUCAGCUGUGUCCAGAAACCCUCAGCUAUUAACGGAAAUGUUUGGUCUUCGUUUAAGAAAGGAAGGAGGACAUUAUAUACUACUUAGUCGAGAUUCCAACAGCAGCAUUGGUGACGUAAUGAAUUCCUCUAAAUAUCAGGAAGCAGUAUGUGAAAAGGAUGUAGAGGAUGAGGAGAAGCAUUCCGAGGCUGAAAAAGCAGAUGGUGAAGACGAUGAGAAGAAGGACGAGAGGAAAGAAGACGAGGUGAAACGCAGAUUCAGGAGGAUGAGCUUGCACAAAGCAACAGAGCCUGAGGUUCAAGAAUCAGCGAUGUGGAAAAUGAUCAGUUCUCAGAAGACAAAACUGCUCAAUUAUUUUGCAAGAAAUUUCUACAACAUGCGAGUGCUGGCACUGUGUGUUGCCUUCGGGAUCAACUUCAUCCUUCUGUUCUAUAAGGUGUCCUCUAGUGAAGCUGAAGACAUGGCCCUGCCUGACCUGAGCGAUGACAAAAAUGGCUCUGAUAGUGUGUGUUUUAUUCUGGGAGAAAGCGGUAUCAUGAAGCCUGUCCUCCACACUCUGGCUGUAAUACAUACUCUUAUCUCCUUCUGCUCCAUUAUCGGCUACUACUGUCUGAAGCUUCCUUUAGUAGUGUUUAAGCGAGAGAAAGAGCUGGCACGUAAACUAGAGUUCGAUGGUUUGUACGUCACACAACAACCUGCUGACGAUGACAUCAGGGGUCAGUGGGACCGACUGGUCAUAAACACAGCAUCGUUUCCAAGUAACUACUGGGACAAAUUUGUGAAGAGGAAGGUGAUGGCGAAGUACAGCGAGCUGUACGGCUCAGAGCGGAUCCGUGAGCUGCUGGGUUUGGAUAAAACAACACUGGAUUUCAGCUACGAAGCCCGGAAAGGAAGACGACCAACUAGAGAACUAUUGAACUCCAUCGAUGUAAAAUAUCAGAUUUGGAAACUUGGUGUGGUGUUUACUGACAACUCCUUCCUCUUUCUUGCCUGGUACAUGCUGCUGUCUGUUCUGGGCCACUACAAUCAUUUCUUCUUUGCUGCUCACCUAUUGGAUGUUGCCAUGGGUUUUAAAACAUUGCGCACAAUCCUGUCAUCAGUCACACACAAUGGAAAACAGUUGGUCCUGACUGUGGGUAUGUUGGCCGUGGUUGUGUAUCUCUACACCGUUGUGGCCUUCAACUUCUUCCGCAAGUUUUACAAUAAGAGUGAAGAUGGCCAGUCUCUGGACAUGAAGUGUGACGACAUGCUGACGUGUUACAUGUUCCACAUGUAUGUGGGCGUGCGUGCCGGAGGCGGGAUCGGCGAUGAAAUCGAAGAUCCGGCAGGAGAUGAAUCUGAGUUUUUCCGUGUUGUCUUUGACAUCACGUUCUUCUUCUUCGUCAUCGUCAUCCUCCUGGCCAUCAUUCAGGGUCUAAUCAUUGAUGCAUUUGGAGAGCUAAGAGACCAACAGGAGCAGGUGAAGGAGGACAUGGAGACAAAGUGUUUUAUCUGUGGAAUUGGAAGCGAAUAUUUUGAUGCCGUACCUCAUGGUUUUGAGUCUCAUACGAUGCAUGAACACAACCUGGCCAACUACUUGUUCUUUGUGCAGUACCUCAUCAAUAAAGAUGUGACUGAACAUACGGGGCAGGAGUCCUAUGUGUGGAAGAUGUACCAGGAACGCUGCUGGGAGUUCUUUCCAGUCGGAGACUGUUUCCGAAAACAAUAUGAGGAUCAGCUCUGUUAAAUUUUCAGAUUUUACAGACUAUAAUUCAUAUGAUUCUCUAAUAUGGGGGUAAUGCAC